AUGCUCUGCAAGGUGAAAUAAGUAGCAGGUGAGAAACCUUCGGGAAAGGAAUGGUCUAUGCUUGUAGAAAACAAGGACCGAACAGCCUUGCACUACCACCCACUGGCAGGAAUGGGCUGCAGCAGCUGAAAACACACUUGGAAAGGUGUGCGGAAGAUGCCAUAGUAUCUGCCAUAGUGGGAUGUUUUUAGUCUAUUGUUUGUUUGUUUGUUUCCGGUUGGUUUUAAUAUAUCUAUUGGGGGUGGGUAUUGUUUUUGUUUGUAAGGCAUUUUGGCAAGAUAAAGCAACAAGUUUAAUAAAUAAUAAUAAAUAAUAGUAUCCUAGGCCCUGCUUAAAGAUCUUUUGCUGCGACACAACCUGAAGGCGCUUCCAAGCAGGCAUUUAUUGUAGCCUAGGUUCCCACGCAUACAAGAUGUGUGUACACCUGUGUUUGUGCGUUGCAGUAUUCACAGGACGUCCUUGCCAUUAAAACGCCACCCCAUGGUUUUUUUUAACCAUUUAACGCGGAUCUCUCCCUCUUUUUGAAAGGAGAGAAGUUAAACAAAAAUUGUCCAUGUCCCGUUUGCAAUAAUAUCUCAGCUACCCAUUUGCAAACUAAGUGGAAACACCCUAACACUGUCAGCCCCUCUGGGAGAGUAAAGAAAAAAGAAAAGAAAAUCAUUUCUGAUACGGAAAGCAAACCCCUGAGCUGAGAAGGUGCUCGAGAGGCCACCCAGUUACUCCACUCGGGCUGCGCCUCUUUUGCACCCCGCGCGCCUUAAACAAAACUGCACCGACCAACCUGCGCGGGCAAAGCCUCUCUGCUGACUCCGCCUACUCUCCGCAUCGACGCGGAAGCACUCGAUUAGGCAAGCCUUUUCGAGGAUUCGACAAUCUCUCUCUCUCUCCCCCCCCCCCCCCCAUCAGCCGGCAGCUCCGUCGUUAGAGACGUCGGCUCGAUUGCUUCGGCCUGCCCGCAAGCCGGCUAAGCAGGAAAAAAAGGGGAGGGGAGUCGCGCGUCGAGCGUCUCGUUUUCUCUCCCCGCCGACACCUUUUCCCUCUUUCUUCCCCCCCCUCCCACUACCCUUUGGAAACGACGGAGGCGAGGAUCGAUUGCUUUGGCCCGGGGUUGCCAUUUUACAGGAACAAACAGAACGUGAAAAGAAAAAAGAGGUAACGAGCCCGGUCAGCGGCGUCUCCCUUCCUCCAGCCCCCCCCCCCGCCAAAUGGAACUUCCUGACACCCCCCCCCGCUUAAACUUUGGGCCAGAGGCGCCCUCAGGCCCCGCUCCCACCUUCGCCCCCCCCCCACCGCCUCCCCUUCAGAUAAGCGCUGUCCCUACGCACGCAGCUCCUCAAUGCGGACUAGCCGCUUCAGUUCCCAGUCUCAAACCAUCCCGUCGCUCUUGGACCCUAGACGGGGGUUGGGGAGCAGGUGUAGGGCCGGAUUUAGGUUUGAUGGGGCCCUAAGCUACUGAAGGUAAUGGGGCCCUUGAUAUGUCCAGCUAUAAUUUGUCAACAACAAAUUGUCGCUGUUUUUUGUGUUGAAUAUAUGCUAUAUGGUAAUUUAUGGACCUAAUAGGUCCAUACACAACACAAAAGACUUGCUGUAUGUAGGUUUUAUUUUACAGUGGUACCUCGGGUUGCAUACGCUUCAUGUUACAGACGCUUCAGGUUACAGACUCCGCUAACCCAGAAAUAGUACCUUGGGUUAAGAACUUUGCUUCAGGAUGAGAACAGAAAUCGUGCUACGGUGGCAGUGGGAGGCCCCAUUAGCUAAAGGGUGCUUCAGGUUAAGAACAGUUUCAGGUUAAGAACAGACCUCUGGAACGAAUUAAGUAUGUAACCAGAGGUACCACUGUAUUUGUUUUUUAUCUUAAAAAAAGGUAAAGGAACCCCUGACCAUUAGGUCCAGUCGUGGCCGACUCUGGGGUUGCUGCGCUCAUCUCGCUUUAUUGGCCGAGGGAGCCGGCGUACAGCUUCCGGGUCAUGUGGCCAGCAUGACUAAGCCGCUUCUGGCGAACCAGAGCAGCGCACGGAAACGCCGUUUACCUUCCCACCAGAGCGGUACCUAUUUAUCUACUUGCGCUUUGAGGUGCUUUCGAACUGCUAGGUUCACAGGAGCAGGGACUGGGCAACAGGAGCUCUUACGUUUUGGAAAUGUACAUCCAGGUUUUUUUCCUUUAAAUUUUUUUGGGGCCCUAAGCUAUAGCUUGUUUAGCUUAUACAGUACGUAAAUCCAGCACUGAUGCAAGUGGGAUCCUCGCUGGCCAGCAGUGAACAGCCGCCCAGUGGCAGGACUGGGGAGCCUCCCGUAUUUGCGCAGCAGCUACUGCAAGUCCAAGGUCCCUUGUUGCUUUUGUUGUUAGAAAGGGAUGCGUCUCUUCCAGUGUUUCUCCAAUGAAAAUAGGGAUGUCCUUCUCCAUAAUAAUAAUAAUAAUUUUUAUCAUUAUUCUGUGAACUGCCCUGAGACCUCCAGGUAUAGGGUGGUAUAUAAAUUCAACUAAUAAUUAUUUUUUUAAAAAAAAUUAUUUAUAUACUCCGCCCUUCAGACUGGAUUGCCCCAGCCACCCAGGGCGGCUUCCAACAUACAUAAAAACAAAAUUAUUAUUAUUUAUUGAAUUUAUAUACUGUUCUAUACCCUGGGGUCUCAGGGCAAUUCACAGAAUAAAAUCAAGCUAUAAAACCACAAAAUACCUAAUAAAAAUUAAAACAACAACCCAGUAACACCCCCCUCUACAAAAAAAAACAAAACCCCAACACAUUUUAAAAGGGCAUAGGAUGUAAAUUGGAUCAACCAAAGGCCUGGUUAGCGUUAAACAUUAAAAAUAACAAAAACCACCACUUCCCUAUACAGGGUGCCUUCAGAUGUCUUCUAAACAUAAGUACCUAUGUUGUAUAGGUACUUAUCUCUUUGGCUGGGGGGUGUCACUUAACUCCAUACCCUCCAACGUUUCUCUGAUGAAAAGAGGGACAUCCUAAGGAAAAGCAAGACAUUCCGGGAUCAAGUCAGAAACCGGAACAGCUUCUGUAAAUUCAGGACUGUCCCUGGAAAAUAGGGUCACUUGGAGGGUCUGGGGCGAUCAUCAUCUAAAUAAAAUAAAAAAGAAAUCCCCUAACGCAUCACUUCGGCCCGAGGUGUGCACUGGCUAAGCAUGAGGCAGAAAACCACCACAUUUUUCUGUGUAUGUACUGUAUAGGAGAUUGGAAAGAAACCUGAUUCUGGGGUGGUUAAAGGGAGUGAAGCCAGCAAUGGUAAUUUUAUCUGGCAGUGAGGUGGGGAGAAAAUGGGUUAUUGGGCAAGGAGGUUUCUGGUUUCUUGUCUCUUCCCAUUUGUCAUCAUGAAGCUGUCCUAGUCCUCUUCAAAAUUGUUUUCAUGGGCACCAGAAUGGUCAGAUCUCUUAACAACCUAAAAGAGUUUUUCAGGCAUCUGCAGCUUGUGAAUUGCCUGCAAUGUGUGCCAGUGUUAAAAAGGAAGCGUGAAAGAGAAAUAAGCUCCCAUCUGUCAAGAGUUUCAAGGAAAUUAUUCAAAAGUACUAUGCGUUUCAUCUCAGAAUCACAAGUUCCUUUUUGUGUUUCAACUUUAGUGUUGAAAUUUUAAAAGAAUUUAAAAUUCACAUGGACAGUGCUUUAACUAGUGCUCUGGAGGUGACAAAGAUCUCCAGUUGAACAGGGUGUAAAUUUUACAAACAGGUUUCUUUACUUUCUGAGCCUGCUUUUUUUAAGGUUUGCAUUAGCAUCAAAAAAAUUCUCUGCACAAUGGAAAGGCUAGAGAUUUAGAUGUUUAACUGAAUGUAAAUUCCAAAACUGUAGUCAUGCAACUAUUUAUAAGCUAUUGACAUACACUUUCCCCUCCUGCUGAAGCAAAAUAAUAUCUGCAUCCCUUUGUAGUUUUGUGGUAAAGUGAAAAAAAACAUAGUUCUGGUUUGUUUUGCACAGGUUCUAACAGCUGGUUCAGGCAGUUCUCGGAAGUUUUUGGGCAUGGAUCCUUAA